ACGUCAGGAGCUCAAAAGGAGGGGGUUUGGGCAGGAGAAGAGAAGAGGAGAGGAGGGUCUUUCUUGGAAACCCCUCAGAAGGGCUGCUGCUAGUAGCCCAGAGGGAGGGAAGGAGAAAGGAGGGGAGGAGUGCUAAAAAGGAGGAGAAGGAAGAGAAGGAGCAAGAGAGGAAGGAAAAGAAGGAAAGGCAGAGCAAAAGGCAGGGAGCCUUAAAGCCAGGACUGCUGUUUUCCCACAAGAAGACAGCCCCACCAUGUCGUCUGACCAGACUUCUCAAUCCACUGUGCCGCCUCUCCACUCUCCAAAGUCACCUGUGUGGCCCAUUUUCCCUUUCAACAGGGAAGGAAGCAGGAUCUGUGAGAGGGGUAGUCACCUUCUUCGAGACUUACCAAGCCCCCUGCCCACAAAAAGAACCAGGACAUACUCUGCGACGGCUCGUGCUUCUGCUGGUCCUGUCUAUAAGGGUGUAUGUAAGCAGUUUUCACGCUCCCAGGGCCAUGGUUUCAUCACUCCGGAAAAUGGCACAGAGGACAUAUUCGUCCAUGUUUCUGACAUCGAGGGAGAAUAUGUCCCAGUAGAAGGAGAUGAGGUCACAUACAAAAUCUGCCCCAUCCCACCAAAGAAUCAGAAGUUCCAGGCUGUGGAGGUGGUGCUCACUCACUUAGCACCACACACAAAGCAUGAAACAUGGUCAGGCCAAAUAAUUGGCUCGUAAACUGCUUUUUUGAGCCUGCAGGCCAACUCCACCCGGAAAUGGAGUUGAAUGGCGCGGGUGGGUGGUGGUGGAACUAUUGGAGCAAUGAAAGAGGCCUGGUUGGCAAUUCUUGUUUGCAGUGUGACAUGUUUGCAUUUAUAUCUUGUCUUUUCUGAGAUUUACCUUUUGAGGGGGAGGGGGUGGCAAAUGUGCUUUUUCCCCCCAAGAUGGCAAGCAAAAAGUGGAAAAGAGUGGAUUUUCUCUCUUAUAUGUCAUAAACUCCUGAUUGUACCAGACUGAGCAAAAUCAGAGCUUCUGGUUUGUGUAUGUGUGUGCGUGUGUGUUGGCAUGCAUGUGUACCUCCAUCCAGAAAGACCAAACUCUUUCUCAUACCACACAAUUGUAGCACUUUUGAGUUCACUUUAAUUGCCAUGGUUGCAUCCUGUGGAAUUCUGGAAUUUGUAGUUUCACAAUACAUUCAGCAUUCUUUGUUAGAGCGCUCACCAAACUACCAAUCCCAGUGUCCUGUAGGAUGUGGACAUGGCAAUUAAAGUAGAAUCAAAGUAUUAUAACUUUAUUGUAUGAAAGAGACCUGGUGUUUAUGUUGCAGAAUGACUAAAUGUGUCAUCCUGCUUCCCUUAACAAAUUAUCCUAUUUAUGCUGAACAGUGACCAAGCAUAUAACCACCACCACUGACUUUGCAUUAAGCUUCAUCUUCAGCCUGAACAGUACUAAGUGUGGCACUAAAAAAAUUCCUUCUUUUCUGGGUACAGUUUUACAUAACUUCAAAGUAUUGGGGCUGUAGUGUCUUCCAGAAUCUUCCCCAAGUGAUAUUGCCACUUAUGGAGAUACUUGAAGGUGUAUUUACUUGUCUCCGUCCUCCUCUCCUCAACUUCAUGAGAGUGCAGUGAGUUCACUCCCUGUAACCCACUGGCAUCAUUUUCCUGGAUCAUUGUCCAUAUUUGCCAGCAUCUGUUGAGGUUAGUGGCUAAGUGAGCUUUGGAGACAGGAUUGAUGGUGCUGUGAUUGCUAUUGUUUUCACUUAAAGCACUGGAAGUAUCUGAAAUAAAUUGUGCAGAAAACUAGUAGAAUACAAAAAUCAGAAUAGAAUUUCUAUAAAAAUAACCAUGGUACCCUCUGCUGUGAUAGCUCCACUUAAAUUUGUUAGAUUUCUUCUGGUAUGGUACAGAGGAAGAAUUGCUAACUUUGUUUUGUCCUCUGUUUAAACAAGGACUAUAAUCUGAAGACAAUGGGUUUUGAGACAGAGCCUGGAAUUCUACUUUUUGGGCUAUAGGGACAAGAAGACUCUGGCACUACUGCCAUGGUAUCUAAUGAAUUCUGGGAAUUGUAGUUUAAAAAACUUGUCCAGGUUCUAAUUCUGGAUUAAUGAGGCACUAAGCAUAACCACUGGUUAACAUCACCAUUGAAGCCAUUCUUGAAACUGUCUCAUCCAUUGGUGCUUCCAUCUGUUAAGUCAUAGUGCAAGUUAUCUUCCGCCGGAAGAGGCAUGUGU